GAAUUAAUAUGUCAUAUAAGAUGGUUGACGUCGGUCGAUUUCCGGGUCACGGGCUAGACGUGCACCCUUUAUGCGGGAUUUCAAACAAACUGGCAACCUCGAUGGUUGCGCUUGGAUACCGCGUCACAACAUAAACAAGGGAAGCGCUGUGGACAUUGCUCUAACAGUAAGAAAGAUAAAACAUGGACAUUACAAAGGGCAGUCUGGAUGACAUCUCUCGACCAGCUUCAAAUGAACGCUCUUGGCCUGGGAGUCGAGUGUCCAGUGUGAUCCUCUCAGAGGGCCUGAGAAUGAAUCAGGACAAGAUUGGGGCCCUAGAGGUCCUCAGCUCUGAGCUCACCGAAACUCAGAAUCACCAGAACAUAGAGGAGAAUAACUUGGACUGCCCAUCAGAAAACAGGGCCCCUGACCAAGGAAUUCUAUGCUUUACUGAUGAUGAGGUGAAUAAAGAUCCAGAGUUGCAGAAAGCCAUCAUGGAAAUGAAAGAACUGGAUAGAAUACUGGCUACCACAAUCUCCAAAGAAAAAGAAGUCAAAAAGCAAAGCAGAGAGCUCCAUCAGAGACUCUGGAAGGAACUAAAGGAUCACAACCCUGAAAGGAGUUCAGAGUGCACUGAUGAAGCAGAAAAUACCAGGUUGUUCCUAGCACUUACGUCCAGCACCUCCAAGGAUUGCAGUGAAGAGGAUUAUGUACCUUUAUUUGGGACCCAAGUCCCAGAUCAAGAGAAUGACCGAAGCUGCAUACCUGGAAAUAAAGUUUCUGGAUCGGAGGACGGUGAGCAUGGUAAGUCUUCAAACUCUGUUGAAGUAUGUCCUGAAGUCAAGCAGACAGAAAGCAGGCAGAGUGUGAUGGGCAAGACCAAGCAUGGACAAGAUUUCAUAAAGAAAAACAUUGAGCUAGCCAGUAGUGCAAGAAGCUUGGGGCCAAUGACCCAGGAAGAGAAAGAACGAUUAGAGGAGCUCCUCAAGGACAUAGAUGAUGAGGAUACUUAUAUUGAUCCAACUGCCGAACCAGAGACAGACUUUUCCCUGUGCUCUGUUUCCCCAACACUGGAUGAGGAUUACACACCCUAUGCAGCUGAAUUUGACCAACUCUUUCACAUCGAUGCCAAACUGCAGCAGCUUCUUCCUUUUCAGGAAUUUCUGUCUGUGCGAGGCCCCUAUCGUUACCGCUGCUUUUCUCAGGACAAAAAGGCUACAGAACUGGGCGAGAGGGUCCUGCGGGAUAUGAAGGAGUCAAGAGAGCAGGAGGAGUGUCCAGAUGAAAUCCAGCAGCAGCUGCAGCUCCUCACACAGAGACAACACCCAGAUAGUUUGAAUGAAGAGCAGAUGAAGAGCUUGCUGGUGGAAUGUGAGAUGAUCUUGAACAGAAGUUCUGGUUCAGGUCCAGAAGGUUUCUCAUACCCCAAACCCUAUUGUGCUGUAGAAAGUCAGAUAAUGUCUCUGCUGGCCAGCUCACCCCGUCUAUCCAGUUCUGCUCUCUCAGAGUUGCUGCAGGAAACUUGUGAAACUCCAACCAUUCCUGUAAACCAAGAGCUGUGAACACAGCAACAAGAAGCACAGGUGAAGCUGCAGUCCUAAUGAGAAAUGAGAAAGAAGCUAGCAUCAGUGUGGUAAAUAGUAGCAAAAAUAAUAUAGAGGCUGUAGGGCCCAGAAUAUGUUUUUUAUAUAACAGAACGAUACUGUUGUAAUGUGUUUUUAUAAUAUUUCAUAAUACAUGCAAAAUAUUACAAAAAUACAUGACAUUACUUUUGAUUAAGUACCUUACAUUGAUAAAGUUCAACUGAACAUCUUCCUCUUAACAUCUUAGGGAGUUUUUCCUUGCCACCGUGGCCACCGGCUUGCUCAAUUACGAUAAAUUUGCACAUUUAAAAUCUGUAUACUGUGUUUAUAUGUUUCUGUAAAGCUGCUUUGAGACAAUGUCUAUUGUAAAAAGCACUAUACAAAUAAAAUUGAAUUGGAAAAAAAAAAGAAGUAAUUUAUUAAUUUGAUUUAUGGGAACAUUCCAGGCAUGUUUGCCCUUAAGUGCUGAAUUCAUUCUGUCUUCUGUUGCUUUCCAUUUUUUAUUUUUUAAUCCUGGGCUAUGUUUUCAUUUAGAGGAGUCCAGUAGUUGGAGUGAAUUGUGUGUAUGCACCGACUUGAAUGUUUAAAAAAAAAAAAAAGUGAUCUCAGUGACUUUGACCAUGACAUGGUUUUUAGUGCUUGAAGGGCUGGUUUGAGAUUUCAAUAACAGCUGAUCUGGGGUUUUCACACGCAACAGUCUCUAGAGUUUACACAGAAUGGUGUGAAAAACAAAAAAAUACCUAGUGAGUGACAGUUAUGUGGGCAGCGACACCUUGUUGGUGAGAGAGGUCAGAUGAGAAUGGCCAGACAGUCAUCGAGUUUAGGGAGAUUUUUGGGCUAAACAGAAUAUAAAUUGUUGUGCACUGUGGGAAUGUUUGAUGGGAUGAUGCUGUUAAAACAGCAAUAAUCACAAAGUCAAUGUGUUUGAUCCUGAUUUUAGAUCAUAUAUUUAUGAGCACACAUUGAGGAGAAAAAUAAAAUUAUUGUUAUUUUCUUAGCUGCAUGAUUGACACCUUGAUUAUAAUCAUUUUUGGUCACUCCAUUGGCUAAAACUCAGACAACAGUUUAAUCUUUAACUGUUUAUUGUUUGUUCUUUUAAAAAUUAACAUAGCAGUAAAAACAGCAUUUCUGUGGGAGAAAUUUUUAUAUAAAAAUAUAAGGCAACCCUCAUAGUACAAGGCAAUCCUCAUUCAGAGGUUGGGGAGGGGGAUUGAACAACAACAAAAACAACAACAAAAACAACAACAGACAAUAAAAACAUCCUCACAUCACUGUGCAAACUGUUUAUACAUAAAGAACACUUCCAAAAACAUCACACUUCCUGAUAAAUUAUUUAAAUAGCACAUAUCUACAAACAUGAAACUACAUCUUCAAAUACAUCAAACAUCAUUAAUAACUUAUUUUAAAAAUGCAUCAUUCAUUCACUAAGCACAACAUUAAAAAAUCAUUUAUGCCCUGUAGGGGUAUGGGGCAAAAAUGGG